AUGUCGGAACUCCAGGGCAGUGUAUUUGGGGUUUGUCCCAAAGAUGUUCUGGGGAUCCCCACCAACUCCAACCACCUGGGCAGGGGUUUCCUGGUGGUUGGGCUGGCUUGGUGGCUGGACCCGGGAGCCGACUGCCACCCACAAUCAGGCUCCGACCACGAUUUGGUUAUGAUCAGUGGGGUCCAGCAGGGAUCAGUGCUUGGUCCUGAGCUAUUCAUAAUCUAUAUCAUGGAUUUGGCUGUGGAGAUUGAAGCUAACAUACUGACAGUAAUCAUCCUUUCCCGGCUGGUGGCUCGAAGACAGAAGUCCUCCUACAAUUAUCUCCUGGCGCUGGCUGCUGCUGAUAUCCUCGUCCUUUUCUUCAUCGUCUUUCUUGAUUUUCUGCUUGAAGACUUCAUUCUAGGCAAACAGCUGCCACAAGUACUGGACAAAAUAAUUGGCGUCCUAGAAUUCUCUUCUAAUCACACGUCUAUUUGGAUAACUGUUCCUUUAACUAUUGACAGAUACAUUGCCGUAUGUCACCCACUUAAGUACCAUACAGUGUCAUAUCCUGCACGCACUCGGAGAGUGAUAUUGAGUGUGUAUGUCAUCUGCUUCUUGACCAGCAUUCCAUACUACUGGUGGCCCAACAUCUGGAAUGAAAAUUAUACAAGUACUUUCAUGCAUCAGAUCUUGAUCUGGGUCCACUGCUUCACUGUAUACUUAGUGCCAUGUUCAAUUUUCUUUGUUCUGAAUUCAAUUAUUAUCCAUAAACUUAAAAGGAGAAGUAAUUUACGCAUGCGAGGAUACUCCACAGGGAAGACAACAGCUAUUUUGCUCACUAUUACAACCAUAUUUGCAUUACUCUGGGCACCAAGAAUGGUAAUGAUUCUCUACCAUGUCUACGUAUCACCGAUAAAUAAUGGUUGGUUAGUGCACAUCGUGUCAGACAUAGCCAACAUGCUUGCUUUGCUGAACACAGCCAUCAAUUUCUUCCUUUAUUGCUUUAUCAGUAAACGGUUUCGCACCAUGGUGGCUGGGACACUGAAGGCCUUUGUUAAGUGUCAGAAACAGCCAGUACACUUUUAUACAAACCACAACUUUUCAAUCACCAGCAGUCCAUGGAUCUCCCCUGCCAACUCCCACUGCAUCAAGAUGCUUGUGUACCAAUACGAUAAGGAUGGCAAACCUCUGAAGAUAUCACCAUGA